AUGAAUGAUCAACGAACUUAUAGAGCAGCUGUUGAAAUUUCAUUGCCAAAGGUAACUGAAUUACCACCACCACCACCUUAUACAGCUGUAACAACUGAAUUACCACCACCACCUUAUACAGAUGUAACAACUAAAAUACCUACUUCAGAUCUCGUAACUGUUGGACAUCAACAGGUGUCCGUUGAUUAUAACAAGGGUCUAUGUUAUAUUUUAAGAGACUUACGGGACAGAUUGACAAAUCACAAAAGCUCCAUGAUUAUCUCUCUUAUUUUUUUUCUUCUAUCUACUAUUUGGUUUGCUGCUCUCAUUAUUGGCGGUGAAAAUCGUUGGAAAUGUCCUGCUAAACCAGAACUUGCACAAUGGUUUAUUGUUAUCGGUGUAAUGGGUAUUGUCUUGACCUGGCUAAUAGCUUUUCUUGUAAGAAUUUUUACAAAUUUUAUAUAUACAGUUUCUGAAAAGUAA